GAAGUUUCCGAAUUGUCUUGAGUCCUUCUGGGCGACGGUUCCAAGGCCAACCUGUGCCAGUGCCAGUGGGCUGCCCUCAGCGCAUCUGUUCGUCACGUACCAAACCAAACACAGGCUUUCCUUACUACACGAGGUUUAGGGCGCCGUGGAAGGAUCUCUUCGUGCAAAGUUGUCAAACGCAGCUUCUCUUGGCAGGCUCUGAAGCGGAGACCGUCGCUGGAUUUCGCCUCAUCGCCCGAUUUGUCAAGGUCUGAUUUGGUGCAUCUUGCUGAGUUUUGGGUUUCACCAUGGCAGCAGCCAAAGUAGCAACCCUGCAGAGUGCGGCUGGCACUCUUGCUGGAGUUUCUCAGAGCAAGCUUCUGGACAGGAAGAUACAUGCUGCUCCCUUGAAUCUGCGGAGAUCCUUGUUUGUGCCCUCAUUUGAGGCAAAGCACAAUGGUAUGGGAAGAUCGAAGCAGGCAACAAGGGGGGGAGGAGUGCGCGCAGCUUUGGCAGAGAGCCCUGCCAAGCCAGAAGCUGCUGCUUCUCAGAAUGGAGCAGUGAGCGAAGGCGACAAUUGCUUUGGCGUUUUCUGCCUCACUUACGAUCCUACGAAGGAAGAGAAGCCGAAGACCUGGAAGAAGACCUUGCGCAUUGCUGUGUCCGGCGCCGCUGGCCAAAUCUCAAACCACCUUCUCUUCAAGAUUGCCGCUGGUGAAGUCUUUGGUCAGGAUCAGCCCAUCGCUCUGAACCUUCUCGGCUCCUCUAGGUCCCGGGAGGCACUUGAAGGUGUUGCUAUGGAGUUGGAGGACUCUUUGUUCCCAUUGUUGCGGGAAGUCAGCAUCGGUGUUGAGCCGAUGCAGGUGUUUAGAGAUGCGGAUUGGGCGCUGUUGAUUGGCGCCAAGCCACGCGGACCGGGCAUGGAGCGCAGUGACCUUCUAGAACUCAACGGGCAGAUCUUCGCCGAUCAGGGGAAGGCUCUGAACGCUGUUGCAAACAAGGACGUCAAGGUUCUGGUUGUUGGGAACCCGUGCAAUACAAACGCGUUGAUUUGCAUGGAGAACGCACCCGACAUCCCCAAAAAGAACUUCCACGCAUUGACUCGGCUGGACGAGAAUAGGGCUAAGUGCCAGUUGGCCCUCAAGGCCGGCGUCUGGUACGAUGCGGUAACCAACAUGACCAUCUGGGGUAACCACUCCACCACUCAAGUCCCCGACUUCGUGAACGCCAAGAUCUACGGUCACCCUGUAAAGGACGUCAUCAAGGACACGCACUGGCUGGAAAACGACUUCACGCCCGCCAUCCAAACGAGGGGAGGGAAGCUUAUCAAGAAGUGGGGCCGCUCUUCCGCUGCCUCGACGGCCGUGUCCAUUGCUGACGCCAUCAAAAGCUUGGUCACGCCCACUCCGGAGGGUGACUGGUUCUCGUCCGGCGUCUGGUCGGAAGGGAACCCCUACGGAAUCGCACAGGACCUGGUCUUCAGUCUGCCCUGCAGAUCAGAGGGUGAUGGCAACUACGAGGUCGUGAGCGGCCUAGAAAUUGACGCGUGGUUGCGAGAACGCAUUCAGAAGAGCGAGGAGGAGCUCCAGGCCGAGAAGAACUGCGUCAAGCACCUCUUCGGAGAGUUUGGUGGUGUCUGCGACCUUCCCUUCGGGGAUACGCUCUUGCCGGGUGAGCAAUAGGCUGGUUCUGCGAAGGCUCUGCGAAAAAACAUGCUGCUGUCGUUAGAUAUAUAUCAAUGCGCUUUGUGAAUAAUUGGGUAGGGGAUUGAGGACCAGCACGCAAGCUGGUCAGGCUAACUAGAUGAUGAAUCGACCUGUUAUACGAGUUGCAUGAGGGGACGUUGGUGCAACUUCGAUAGCGGAUACAUAGGGAUGAAAAAUGUCGUCAAGGUUACAUACAUACACAGCCGAUUACAUAGCGUCAUCAGUUGGUAUAAGUUGUUGCGCACAGCUAUAGUCUUGGUGAAUCUGGCACUUGAACCUGUAAGGCUGCAAAUAAGGACCACUACUCUGCCCUUUCGACAAUAACUCAAAUCAGUACCUCCGGAUUUCCGACCUUCGGGUAUUCGUUGUUUGCAUGGUAAGCAAAUAUCUGUCCUUGUGGCCCAGCUUGUUUGCAAUAUAGCGCGC